CCGAGCACGCUGCCCCAGGGCACGGUAAAUUUGAACCUGUGUACUGACGUAAUCGACGCAGAGCCCAAGACGGGCCAGAAGAACGCUCUCUGUAUCAUCACUCCUGAACAGGAGUACUUCAUACGAGGGGAGAACAAAGAGAUCAUCAAUGGGUAAGUGGGUUUGUGUGUGUAGUGUAUGUCCUUAUGUGUGUGUGUGUAUUCUGUAUGCCUUCACUAACAUUCUGUUCCUCUCUCUCUGUCGCAGGUGGACUGAACAGCUGGUGGUGUAUCCCAGGACCAACAAGCAGAACCAGAAGAAGAAACGCAAGGUGGAGCCCACCACUUCUCUGGAGCCAGGACCAGCAAAGGUGGCGGUGACGGGCUCAGGUAUCCCCGAGGCGGGCUCAGAGAAGGUUCCAGACUCCAGCUCCAUCAUCUGGCAGGAGGAGCUGAGCCAGAGAGAGGCUGAGGGGGCGGCCGUGUGGCCUGCUGCUGACCUGCCCUUGCUGGGCUCACCACUGCCCUCUACAGGUAUGGAGGAACCACAGCACACCUAGCCCCAUAGUCCCCAUCUUUAGUGUAGUAUAUGGGUCUUUCUAUAAACUAGGGUACAAGUGAGAAUUUCCUACUCUGGACAACUUGUUACAGCUGUUGAUAAAUCAUUGAUAAUAAUCUGUCAAAUGUUUUCAUGUCAUUACAUUAAGAUAUAAUGGGGGAACAUAGCUACAGUGCCCUCCGUAAUUAUUGGGACAGUGAAGCAUUUUUUAUUAUUUUGGCUCUAUACUCCAGAAGUUUGUAUUUGAAAUUAAACGAUGACUAUGAGGUUAAAGUGCAGACUGUCAGCUUUAAUUUCAGGGUAUUGUCAUCCAUAUCGGGUGAACCGUUUAGAAAUUACAGCACUUUUUGUACAUAGUCCCCCCAUUUUAGGGGACCAAAAGUAUUGGGACAAAUUCACUUAAAUGCGUAUAAAAGUAGUUAUUUUAUUUUGUAGUUAUUUUUUUUUUUUUUUUUUUUUAGCAGACGCUCUUGAGCAAUUAGGGUUAAGUGCCUUGCUCAAGGGCACAUCGACAGAUUUUUCACCUAGUCGGCUCGGGGAUUAGAACCAGCGACCUUUCGGUUACUGGCACAACGCUCUUAACCACUAAGCUACCUGCCGCCAGGUAGUUAACUUUUAUAUGAUAUAACGACAACUUACACUGCCAUAAAUGCAAGGACAGAAAAGUAAUGUUUUGUCACACAAUUUUGGACAAAUCCGUCAAGACACCAACCAUGGGAAUGGGUUAAGCAUAGGUUUUAAAUCAACUAGUCAAUUUUUUUAUUGAGUGCCCUCCUUAAUUAUUGGGGAACAUUUGUUGGAUGCAUUUGCUGUUUGUUUUGGUUGUGUUUCAGAUUAUUUUGUGCCCAAUAGAAAUGAAUGGUAAAUAAUGUAUUGUUUCAUUUUGGAGUCACUUUUAUGAAGCUUAUGGUAGUCCCCAGUCACGUGUCACGUGGUGUUUGUUUACAAGCACACAAGGACGAGAGACCUGAGCCUUGGUUAGCUUCUUCCAAAAUCAAGCAUUCGCUUGGUAACAGCAGAGAAUCCCCUCCUAGAUCAAGAGCCUUGCUGGCUAAUAUUUGUUUUGUGCGUGCAGCAAACUCUGAGUAGCAUUUUUGAGUUACUUGUAUACUUGUAUAGUUUAGGUCAGAAACUGUACAAAAUGUUCGCAAUGCACUCGUUAGCAUAUAGUUAGCAUUCUCUAUGGGAUUUUACACGUACUUGUUAGCAUUGCUAUGUUUCGGAUUUCAGAGUAUCAGUGGGGUUUGAAAACAGCGCCCCUUGUGUUCAGUGCCGGUAUGACGGUAUGACAAUCUGGAUACCGCCCAAGCCUAGUUGCACUACACUGUUGCGGUAAAACCAUGUGCGGUUAUUAUGAGCACGAUAACAUCUAAUGCUGGCUUCAGCUUGGCUUUCCAUACAAAUCCUUCCAUUACAAAAAGGAACCUGGUUUUUGGACACUUUCUUAUUAUAAAAACAGUGAUGGUGAGAUUAAUGGUACCGCUGUUCCUGGCUUUAUUAUGUGUGCCUGCGUCGGGCACAUAGGCUACAGAAAAAUCGCCAUGCAAAUUUAUUUCACAUUAUUCUCACAUAUUCUAGAAUAUAAUAAUAAUUGGAAUAUCAACGCAUUGUCAAGGCCUAAAAUUGUUAUUAUUCUUAAAGUGGUAAUAUCCUACUUUUAAAAAAUACUUUUAAAAUGCUUUUUAGUGGGGGGUCUAUAUUAGGCCCUAUAUGUACAAUUAUAUAAAUUAAACAAUUGAACCUUGCUUAAAGGAUGUAUAGUUGUAUAGGUGGAUUUAUGGGCCUAUUUGCAUAUAUCCGCUAAGUACACAUGUGGAACUGCAUAAAAAUCAUUUUAUUUUUGUUUCAAACCAUUUAGAAGUUAUCCCAAUGUCACACAUUGGCCCCAUUAUUUAUAGAAAGACCCAUACAGUGGCUUGCGAAAGUAUUCACCCCCCUUGGCAUUUUUUCUAUUUUGUUGCCUUACAACCUGGAAUAAAAAUGGAUUUUUUGGGGGUUUGUAUCAUUUGAUUUACACAACAUGUCUACCACUUUGAAGAUGCAAAAUAUGUUUUAUUGUGAAACAAACAAGAAAUAAGACAAUACUUUGUAGAGCUACCUUCUCUUGGGGUAUGUCUCUAUAAGCUUGGCACAUCUAGCCACUGGGAUUUUUGCCCAUUCUUCAAGGCAAAACUGCUCCAGCUCCUUCAAGUUGGAUUGGUUCCGCUGGUGUACAGCAAUCUUCAAGUCAUACCACAGAUUCUCAAUUGGAUUGAGGUCUGGGCUUUGACUAGGCCAUUCCAAUACAUUUAAAUGGUUCCCCUUGAACUACUCGAGUGUUGCUUUAGCAGUUUUUUGAAACAAGUUUAUUUUUUUCAUUCCACUUCACCAAUUUGGACUAUUUUGUGUAUGUCCAUUACAUGAAAUGCAAAUAAAAAUCAAUUUAAAUUACAGGUUGUAAUGCAACAAAAGAGGAAAAACGCCAAGGGGGAUGAAUACUUUUGCAAGGCACUGUAUAUGGCAAUCUGAAAGGAUUGUAAUGGUGUUAGCAAGCCACACAGCUGUAAAAUAUUAUAACAUUAGAAUUUAGAGAUAGUAAGAGUGUCUUUAGUUUUCGACUGUUUGUUUUCAUCUGUCCUUCACCAUCUUUGACCCUCCACCCCCUCCCUCUUCCAGGUGACUGUGGUUCUGUGGGCCGGGGCUCAGACGCCGGCUCAGUCAACGGUGACGACGUGGACCGUAGCGGCCUCCCCCUCCACGGCUCGGUCCCACUCCCCUAUCACGACCUUCUGUCUCCCACGGGCUCCUGCUCCAGCCUGGGCGGGGUGCCCCGCUGCCUCUCCCCGGUCCCCAGCGACCCCUUCCCCUCCGGCAGCUCCCUGCUGUCCAACGGCUCCCACAUCAGUGGCUCUGUUAGCUCGCUGGACUCUGACGCCAGCGGCAGCACGGUGACCAGCACAGAGAGCCACCCGGCGGGGCGGUUAGGGCUGGGCCACAGCGGGCACAAUGAUACGCCACGGUCCAGGAGGCUGGAGGCCGAGGCCAGGAAGGCAGAGAAGAGGAGUCGAGUGAGGAGUCCUGGUGAGGAGAGAGAGGCCGUGUUCAGUCCCGAAAGGAGGCAAGUCUGUCUUUGUCUGUCCAUCUGUCUGCAUGUCUGUUCUGUCUUAGUUCAGAAAGACAGAAGAGAGAGGCCAAUGUUCAGUCCUAAGAGGUCAGUCUGACGAGCAUAAAAGAAGGUUCCAGACUGCAAUCACCGUCUGUUACCUGGGAUAUAUUUAUCUAGGUAAAGCCUUAGCUGUUAAUCAGGUACUUGUAUAGGCUGGUAAACCAGGUUAGUGGACUCUGCUGUCUGACUGCCAGGUUACAGACCAGCAGGCACUGUGGCCUGGAAGGACAUCAGUAGAGAUUCCAAUGACGCAGCAACAAACACGGUCUCUGCUUCUAAACACAUACACACACACAGCCUUGUGAUGCACACACACCCCCAACACAUCUGCGUCAAAACACACACACUCAGACCAAGAGGAAAAGGCAGUAUUUGGUGAAAUCCAGACAGUGUGAAAUUGAUGAAUCUCUGCGUUCCACAGUUGCAGUAUACUUCUCAUAGGAAUUAUCUUUGGAUAUAACAAUUACCUUUCCCUGUGGUUUUAUCAGGGCUGAGGUUCAACAUCAGCACGCUGAAUAAAAAGGCAACAUAAACACCCACCCACCCACCUACCCACCUCAUCCCCUUACCCAAAACCAGGCCUGAGAGGAAGGGCGGAAUGAGAGAGCAAGGAAGAGAGCAGGAAUGUCCAGUAGACUGAUUAAAAAUGGGUCCAUUUGGUUUCAUUUCGGAAUACUGCCAUUCUGGAUCCCAGCAGCCAACUAGCACUCUAUUACAUAAUUAUCACACACCGGCACACAAACACAAACACACACACACUGCCACUCUGCACCCCAACAGCCGGUGAAGGAGCCAUCAGUCAUGUGACUGAAAAUACCUCUCAUCCUCUCUUUCUCUAUAUUUCAUCCUUUCUCUCUCUCCCUCACUCGUUGCCUUGUAAGAAGCCAGCUACCGCUGAAGAUUCCCCUAAUAAGGGCACAGUAAAAAAAAAAAAAAAAAAAAGUGUAAUAUUUCCAAGUGACUCUCGCUCCUCAUAAAAGGGGAGGAAUAUGUCAAAGCUGCCAGUGUAUCUAUCAUUUCACUGCAUGUCUGACAUGCAGUGAAAUGAUUGCGGAAGUUGGAACAGAAAGGUUGGGGUGAACACAGUCACAGGAGUAUGAGCCUAAACUGUCCUUCUCAAUGUCAUCAUGGUAGCUUAGUGGGUAAGAGCGUUGUGCCAGUAACCGAAAGGUCGCUGGUUCUAAUCCCCAAGCUGACUAGGUGAAAAAUCUGUCGAUGUGCCCUUAAGCAAGGCACUUAACCCCAAUUGCUCCUGUAAGUCGCUCUGGAUAAGAGCGUCUGCUAAAUGACUAAAAUGUAAAUGUAAUGUCUGUUACUCAGUUUCAUGUAGCAGUGUAUUGUAAUGUUAACUUAUAAAUGCAGAUUAUGCAACGUUUACCCAGCCCACACACACGCAAAACUACAGUAACCAAUAAAGUUAAUCUAUUCUCUCCACCUGAGAAGGAAGUCUAUUUUUUGCCAUGUCCAAAACAUUAUACACAUUUAUUUUAUCCACAAAAAUAUAUAAAUAAAAAAUAACUAAAGGCCUCUGACCUCUACCCUUCACCUCUGACCUUUACCUCUGACCUUGAACCUUGUUCCCUGUGUGUUCCAGUCGAUUUGGGGUGAUAGAGAAGCUGGAGGCAUUGGAGCUUGAGAAUGCAGAGAGGAUGGAGGUGGAGGAGGCUGGGAGGACUGGAGCCAGACAGGGCCGCAGCGAACACAGACGCUUCCACAGAGAG